CCCGGGCAGCAAUAAUCGUCCUUGUGCAUGACAGGAGCUUUGAAUAGCUAAGAGGGAUUCUCCGGUGCGAUAAAUGAGGAUAGUGCGUACGAUGCCGGUGUAACAGGAAUAAAAUAACACAAGACGAUCAGUUCCACGUGCUAGGCCACAGGCGUAACACCGACCACAUACAUGUAUAAGACCGGUGCUUGCUGCUGUUGCUCAUCUUUUUCAGUUGGGCCAGCGACGGUAUGAGUCGUUCCGGGCAGCGGUCACCGCUGAGCCCGGACAAAAACGGUCAGUGCGAUUGGGAACCCGGCGGGUGUUGUUACGAAGAAGAGGACGAAGAUCCGCUGGAAGUAGUGAGAGGGGAACGGGAAGACGAUCUAACUCGGGUUUGCAUUAACCACCAUUAUCACCACAGCUGCCACAGUCACCGGCGCCUCUCGCCCAUGUCACCUCCUGGCAAAAAGCACUUAGGCCUGGAGCUGCACCUCAGUGAUCCGCCGUACGAGUUCCCCCCAGACUCUGUCCUUAUCGGUUCUCCAUCUGAGGUGGAGGACGGAGAAUAUGAGGAAAGCAACACCACCAGAAUACUUAUUCCCGAACGUAAACGGACUCGGUCCAGCAGUUCCCGACAUCGCUAUGAGAUCGUUACAGAGCUGGGGCCGGAAGAAGUGCGCUGGUUUUACAAAGAGGACAAGAAAACGUGGAAACCGUUCAUCGGCUAUGAUUCGUUACGUAUUGAGCUGGCCUACCGUAAACUAUCGGAUUUUACAGCUGCCCAAGCCGAUAAGGAAGCAGGUGCUCCAGGGGCGAACGACCCAGAGGGACCAGUACAGGAGAACUCGGAGCUGGAUGUUAGCAGUUUAGGGGACUUGGUGAAGAUCGAACCUGUGUGUGUGAGGAGCGGUCUCUAUGAAGUGGAUGUGGCCGAAUUAGAAUGUUACCCGGUUUACUGGAAUCAGUCAGAUAAGAUCCCAGUGAUGCGUGGUCAAUGGUUUAUUGAUGGUACUUGGCAACCUCUAGAAGUAGACGAGAGCAAUGUGAUUGAGCAAGAACAUCUGGCCUGUUUUAGGGGCCAUCCCAUACAAGACACCUUUGAUAUGGAAGUAGUAAAACCGGUAGACCACAAGGAUGUUCUCUACCACCUUUCUCCCUUCACCCUCCCUUCCUUGUUCAAUUGGAGAGGAUAUAAGGAAAGCACAGGGGCACCAUGUGCCAAAAGAAAGCGCUAUGAAGCCAUUCAGAGUGUGAAAUUGAGUCGGAGCCAUGUGGAUUGGCAUAGUGUGGAUGAAGUUUAUCUAUACAGCGAUGCAACAACAUCUAAAAUAGCAAGGACUGUUACACAGAAGUUAGGUUUUUCUAAAGCUUCAAGUAGUGGAACACGGCUGCACAGGGGCUAUGUUGAAGAAGCUACAUAUGAGGAUAAGCCUGUGGAUACAACUCAUAUUGUUUUUGUUGUCCAUGGCAUUGGACAGAAAAUGGACCAAGGAAGAAUUAUCAAAAAUACAGCAAUGAUGAGAGACACCGCAAGAAAAAUUGAAGAGAAACACUUUUCAAACUUGACAACAGAGCAUGUAGAGUUCCUUCCUGUGGAAUGGCGGUCAAAACUUGCUCUUGAUGGAGACACUGUUGAUUCUAUUACCCCAGAUAAAGUACGUCGCAUAAGGGAUCUGCUGAACAGCAGUGCAAUGGACAUCAUGUACUAUACAAGUCCUCUCUAUAGAGAUGAACUAGUAAGAGGCCUUCAGCUGGAGCUAAAUAGACUAUACAUCCUCUUCUGCUCUCGGAAUCCUGAAUUUGAAGAGAAAGGAGGAAAAGUCUCAGUAGUAUCCCACUCAUUAGGGUGUGUCAUCACAUAUGAUAUCAUGACAGGGUGGAAUCCAUUUUGUAUGUAUGAACAAAUGCUGCCACAUGAAGAUGAAGACGUCCAGUGGAUAAGUUAUGAAGAACAGCACCUCCUAAGAGAGCUUUACUUAACUAAACAAAGAUUAAAAGAGUUAGAAGACAGACUGCAUGGAUUGGCAACCUCACACGCUAGCACUCCUGCCUUAAAAUUUAAAGUUGAAAAUUUCUUCUGUAUGGGAUCACCUUUGGCAGUCUUUUUGGCAUUGCGUGGCAUCCGUCCAGAAAACAGUGGAAGUCAAGAUCACAUUUUGCCUAAAGAUAUUUGUAAUCGUUUGUUUAAUAUGUUUCAUCCAACAGAUCCUGUGGCCUAUAGACUUGAACCCUUAAUACUGAAACAUUACAGCAAUAUCUCACCUGUCCAAAUCCACUCAUCUCACACCACAAACCCAAUACCCUAUAAGCUUAUGAAACCAUGCUUUAUCAACCCUUCCAAAGAAACUACCUCAGUAUCUGACACCGAAAGCAUACCAAGCCCAAGCAUUUCACCAGUCCUGCCUCGAAGACAUUAUGGCGAAUCCAUAACCAACAUAGGCAAAGCAAGUAUUUUAGGUGCUGCAAGCAUUGGAAAGGGCAUUGGGGGAAUGUUGUUCUCACGAUUUGCACGUUCUAGUGAAUCUGCUCCUCAAGGUUAUGAAGUUAAAGACUCUGUAGAAGGAGAUGACAAAAAAUCACUUGCAAGUCAGAGCUCUACAGUGACACUUCCACACAGCAUAUCCGGCUCUCUGGACCCCACAUUGGAGUUGGAGCACCGGAUUGACUUUGAGUUAAGAGAAGGUCUUGUGGAAAGUAGAUACUUAUCAGCUGUGACUUCCCAUACAGCGUACUGGGCUUCAAUGGAUGUGGCCCUCUUCCUUCUGACAUUUUUGUAUAAAGAAGGCCAAGAAGAGGAGGAAGUCAAACAAAACGUAGAUGCACUUUAGUGAUUGUUUUAAAAGGACUACAAAAUAAAUGGACAAACUGGAUACUUUCUUGUUUGAAAAUUGCAGAUAAAUAAUGAGGCUUGAAGGUUUUUCGGUUAAAGUGCAUGUUUGAAUGUUCAUUUGUUUUAGAGAGCAGCACUAAAUUAGUACCCAAAAUAACUUUACCAUUUUAUUUACAACUUUUGUUUUUUUUUAACUUUGUAUUUAAUACUUUCCUUUAAGAACAUAUUAACAAGCUACUUCUUGGUAUGUAAACGUACAUACAUUGUAGGUAACACAGUAAGCCGAUAGGUAUGUACAGGUUCAUGCAGAGGAUGGGAAUUCAUUUCGUAACAUCUCUCUAGGUUAUUUUGCAUAACUGACAUUCUAGGAAACUGCUGCCGUCUUACCACUUUCAGAAAUCGUAAGAAGAUGAUAGUUUUGUGACCUCAUUGGAAUCUGCGUUUUCUGCAGUAAUCUAGAAGGCUUUGCAGAUGUUAGUAAAUGCUUAACCACAAAUAUUGGCAGAGCAAGAUACUAACGUUUUGAAGUAUUUAUAAUUUACUAUUACCUCUCCUUGUUCUUUAAUUUUGGUUAUAUGAAGCAUUUAUUUUUUUGUACUAAUUUUUUUUUUUGACCUAGGAACCACAUUAAUUUUCUACAUUUUUCUGACUGUAUUUCCCAGAAUGCAUAUCUUUGUACUAAAAUAACUAUGUGAACACUGUGGCACUCCGUAAUAUUUUCAUUAUAAAAAAAGAAAUAAAUUUUUGUGGUUUCACAUACAAA